UAUGCUAACCAAUUAUUUAUUUUAAUUAUAGAUAUUUAAACGAAAAAUGCGCCAGUUAUGCAAAGUUUUGUGAUAUUGAAAAAAUUUAAACAUUCACCUUGGUUUCGGCAAAGUAUUAGACAGAAUUUUGUGCGAGAUCAGUUGUGUGCCUCUCAUCGCGCUGUUUCCUUCGGAUGAGUUGCUAUUGAUUUGUGAAAUAAUUCAGGAGUAUCGAUUGUGACAGAAACCUUGAGUGAGUUUUUUGUCAGAACACUUUAACCGUAAUUUUGUGACAAGUUGCAAGGAAUCCAACAACGAUGCCAUACAGCGCCGGCAGUCUCGAAAUGCGACGGCAACAGCUGAUCUCCCAAAGAUCAACCGUGGAGAUGAGAAAAGGACACGCCGUCAGCGUUCGAAGGGCCUACAAGCGUUACGGAACGAAGCGAAGUCCGAUCGUGAUACUUGAAAAUCUUAACAUGACUGUACCUAAAGGUACUAUAUACGGCCUGCUCGGGUCGAGCGGUUGCGGUAAGACGACGUUGCUGAGCUGCAUCAUAGGUCGGAAGAAGUUCAACUCGGGCGAACUGUGGGUUCUGGGCGGUUCGCCCGGCUCCAAAGGUAGCGGUCUGCCCGGACCGAGGAUUGGGUACAUGCCUCAGGAGAUAGCUUUGUACAACGAAUUUACCAUUCGGGAGACCAUGAAGUACUUCGGCUGGAUCGCCAAAAUGUCGACGGAGGACGUGGAGGAUAGAUUGUGUUUUCUAACGAAUCUUCUGAUGUUGCCCGAUAUCGAUAGGAAAGUGAAAAAUUUGAGCGGCGGUCAGCAACGUCGGGUGUCGUUCGCGACCGUUUUGCUGCACGAACCCGAACUGCUGAUCUUGGACGAGCCGACGGUGGGGUUAGAUCCGCUGCUACGCGAGACGAUUUGGAAUCAUCUCACCGAAAUCACAAAGGAUCGCAGCACCACUGUGAUUCUAACGACUCACUACAUCGAGGAAACCCGACAAGCGGGCCUGAUCGGGUUGAUGCGCAGCGGGUAUAUCAUGGCAGAAGAGUCGCCCGCCAGUAUCCUAUCACGUUUCGAGACAGACACAUUGGAAGAUGCGUUUUUGAAGUUGAGCAUCAUGCAAAAUAUGGGCAGACGGAAAAGGUCGAUAGCGGCGCGCGCUGUUGCCAGUGCGGUUGUGCUGCCCUCUGGUAUAGUCAAUCAAGCACUGGACGUCGACGACGAUCACCACCACGAAAUAUCGGCCGAAUUCGGUGACGGUCUGACCACGAGUAAAACUGGUCGGCGGUUCUCCUUGGUCGCGCAGGAAGCGAUACCUCAGCUGCCGCAGGAGCCAGUUCACAAAGCCGAACUGGGCGACUACCUUCUCCACUUAGAGCCCAGGCACAUGAAGGCGUUAAUUUGGAAGAACUUUCUGUGGAUCCUCCGAAACUGGCCAAUAAUGCUGACCGUAAUCGCCCUGCCCGUUACGCAGUUUGCCAUAUUCUAUUUGGCGGUGGGUCACACCCCCACCAACCUUAAUAUAGCCAUAGUCGACUACGAGAGUGGCGAUCGCGACUGCCACCCUCUAAGUUGCAAUGGAACCAGAUUAGGCUGUAAUUAUCUGGAAUAUUUGAAAAAAAAGAAGAUUCACCUGAUACGAUACGAAACCGAGGGGGAUGCUAUCGAUGCUGUCAAUCGGGGAGAAACUUACGCGUCGGUGAUAGUUAAGGAAAAUUACACCACCGCUCUCAAAGCGCGCAUCAGCAAUGGGAGGCGCUCCGACGAAUGGGAUAUGUUUCACUCUACCAUAGACGUUUACCGGGAUGCAUCUGUAAAAGACAUCUCAACAUUCCUUCGAUUCUACUUCUACGACAGCUUCAUGACUUUUAUAGCCGAUUACAUGGAUUCGUGCGAACUGAACAGGAAUGCACUUAAACUGCCCUUACAGUGGAACGCCCCUGUCUACGGAACCGUAGAGACGGAUUUUACCGAAUUUGCGACGCCAGGAGUGCUAAUUACGAUUGCAUUUUUCCUGGCGGCCGCGUUAACAGCUGUCGCGAUGUUGGUGGAACGUAACGAAGGCAUACUUGAAAGGUCCCUUGUUAUGGGGGUCAGUCCGGUGGAGGUGCUCACGUCGCAUGUCGUAAGCGAGUUUGUGCUGAUGAUGAUACAAAUUGUGGCGGUAACGUGCUGCGGACUGUUCAUAUUUCGCAUGAAAGUAAUGGGCUCGCUGGUGCUGUUCAUUAUCCUACUAUCACUUUCAGGGUUUUGCGGCAUGUGGUUUGGUUUUGCCCUUUCAUCGAUGUGCGAUAACGAGACGAGUGCCGCCUACAUUUUACUAGGCAGCUUUUUUCCAUUGAUCCUGUUAUGUGGUGUAAUUUGGCCAAUAGAAGGAAUGGUGCACGGACUUCAGCUGGUUGCGCAGGUAUUACCGCUCACUCAACCGGUCGAGGGCUUGAGAAGUAUUAUGCAGAGAGGGUGGAGCAUGCGAAAACCUCCCGUCUAUCACGGUUACAUCACCAUUUCAAUGUGGACGUUAUUGUUUAUUAUUUUUAGUGUAGUUUUAAUUAAAUAUAAAAGAGGGUAGAAGUAUUUUUUGUAGUACAAAUCUGUUGUGGGUCCCAAGAAGUAUAUUUUUGCAAAGAAAAUAUAAUCGUUAGCCUUC